AUGGAUCCGAUUACGAUUCUCACUGCGGCAGCGUCACUGGCGGGCGCCGUCUUGACCGCGUCGCUGAAGAUCAAAAACACCUUGGACCACUUGGAUAAUGCGCCACAGAAUGUUUGCGAUAUCGCCGAGGAGAUUUACGCGGUUCAGUACGCGCUCAGUCAAGUCGAGGAUGUGGUCCGACGAGAUCCCAACGUUAUUGAUCGACUCGCUUUGGAGGACGUGUUCGCCUUGGCUGUCAAGGGGUGUCAUGCGACAUUGUUACUCAUCCACAAGGAGUAUGAGCAGCUGUUCGCCAAGAGCGAUUGGAAGACAAAGAUCCUAGUAUUGUGGAAAGAUGGGGAGAUGACCCGACUCCUCGGCCGACUCGACAGGAAAAAGGCUACGCUCACCUUGCUCACGCAAACGCUCAAUUUACGCUCUACUCAAGAUAUCAAAGACCUGCUCAUCCAAAACCAAUCGACGCUUAUUGCAGCGAGACAAGACAGCUUCGAGACUGUCCCCGUUAAGACAGGCCCUGGAGCGAAAGCUGCCGACCCCGCUGAGGAGGACCAGCUUGAUAGCAUUUACGGUGAUAAUGAGUCGAUACUGAGCACCACCGAGUUUGACUUCGAUUAUGACUUGAUCAACACGAAGACCUACAGGCGGGCCCUUGCAAGAGCGCAAGCCGCCAGCAGGACACCCAAGUCCGCGCCAAUGAAUGUGGAUAAGCCACUCCCGGAGCUCGUCGAGGAGGCAUCGCCUGCAUCUCUUGAACCUGUUGCGGAGGAAAAGUUGGAUGACGUCACUGAAUCAAUCAACCUAUCUGGAGAGACUCUGGCAUCCCAGUACACACUGAGCAGGGCAACGACUCUGCUGCCGGAGUAUGAGGCAGUCGAGAGCAGCACCCUUAGUCCAGUGUCCUCGACAACCUCGGUUGAAAAGCACGUUCAGUCUGAGACCAACUUGAGCAACUCGCAACCCCAGAUGAGAAAGACCCUAAACGCUUAA